GGUGCGCUUUUUGUAAUUAUCAAUCCAGCUCCAAAUUUGAAGAUGCUUGGGCUAUUACAGGGUUUUGCUGCUGGUUUGAUGCUGAGCAUAUCAUUCUUUGAUCUGGCUCAUAAUGCUAUAAACUCACUCGGCUUCUUGAAAGGCAACCUUUGGUUUUUUGCUGGUGUUAUAUUCUUUGCCAUUAUAGCCAAUUUUAUCCCGGAGCCGACACUUGUCCCCCCUUCAGAUGUGAAGACUAAAAAGAAAAAAGGGGAUGAAGGAGGCAAGGAUAUUUUGAAAAAGCAUCGCCAGCAAGUUUUAUUUAGUGGAAUUGUUACAGCUGUAGGCAUAAGUUUACAUAAUUUUCCAGAAGGAAUGGCAGUCUUCCUUGGAUCCAUGAAGGUAUCCAAGAACCUAUCGAUGUCAUAUGGAUGUUCGAAUUUUAUCAAGGGUGUUGCUGUUGCACUUCCUGUUUAUUUUGCGACACAAAGUAAAUGGCAGGCAUUCAAAUUGGCUACACUUUCUGGUUUUGCCGAGCCCUUGGGUGUUAUAAUUGUAGCCUAUCUAUUCCCUAGCAGCUUAAAUCCUGAGAUUCUUGAAGGUCUACUAGGUUCAGUUGGUGGAGUUAUGGCUUUUCUGACCCUUCAUGAAAUGCUGCCAUUGGCUUUUGAUUAUGCUGGACAGAAGCAAUCUGUCAAGGCUGUAUUUUUUGGGAUGGCUUUCAUGUCUGCAAGGUAGUAAUCUCAUCUCUAAUAAAAAUUUAUUUCACUAUAUAAUGAUAUUGUUUGCUUCUUUUAGGGAGAAAAUAUUCAAUGCGUCUUAGUGUAUUAAACUGAGUAAAUUAUCGUGUAUGUCAGCACUAUUAAGAGUCCCACAUCGGAUAAUAUAUGACUUGAGGAAACAUAAGUUUUAUUAAUAAUGAAUAUUGCAUGCCACAAA